AUGAGUGUUAGAAACUUAAUAAAAAAGUAUGAAUUAAUUGUUGGAUUAAUUUUCAGAACCUUCAUCAAAUCUUUUAUUGAUUUAUUUUCCCAAAAAGAUAAAGCGGCUAAAAUUGCAACUUUAACUAAUUUUGGAAACUCAAUUAAAAAAAUUUAUAUCGUAUUAACAUUUACGAAACAUCUAAUUGAAAAACAGUACGUUGUAGAUCAAAAACUAAUCAAAACAUAUAAUCGAUUGAAUAAUUUAAAUUUAAAACAAAAUGAUUUUAUUAGACAACCUAAUUUAUUUUUCAAUUCAAUUGGUUUAUUAUCAUCAACUUCAUCCAGAACCACUAAUGAAAAUGAAGGCUCAAGAAUUAGAAGAAGAUUAAGUACAAAGGAACAUGCAAAAUAUAUUGCCAAAUUACAAGACUAUUCCAAAUUUUCAGUAAGAUAUGGAAAAUUAGUUGAAAAGUAUAAUAAAUUACGUAAACAAUAUGGAUAUUAG